AUGGCUUCUAAAUUAUUAUGGACACUAUGUACAUGCUCCUGCUUAAUAGCUCCAACUAUUUCCCAAUCUAUGAGAAUUCAUUCAAGAAACAGAGCUCGAGAGUUACCAACAGUCAUAAUAACAAGAGAACAUUUGCGACGUAGAGCUCCUAUGUACGGAAAUGUUGGUGAUACUGCAGCUGAAUUUGUUGUUAGCGCUGGUUUAGAUACCAGUAAGUCGUCGGUGAGAAUAAGGAAAAUCGGGAAUCCAAGGGGAAAUGCUACUCACCCAGUUAAUCUUUUCAGAAACGAGUUCCAUAGGCCUGCAUCGCCCAAUUUUAAUAAUGAACACAGACGUUAUAAUCUUGCAGGUAAUGAUCAACAAUUCAGGACGCCAACCCAGCACACAUCUCCAAACAUACAUCCUCAGUUCAUUAGCCGAAGACAUUAUCAUACCGAAGCUCAGCAAAAUGUUCACAACUCAGAUUCUUACCAUCGUCGAAUUCCAGCGAGAAAACCGCAGAUACAAAAUAUGCCAGCAUACAUUCCUCCAAUUACUCCAUACCAUCAAGCAAUCAACCCAGCCAGACAUGCUUCUAAUCCUAGACCUCCCGUAGUUCAUCCUUUUGAGGUACAAUAUCGAAGACCAGAAAAGCGCCCAGAAGAUCAUUCUAAUACACGCAGGAUAGUCCCAGUGAAACCAAAUCAUUUUAUUGAUGACCAUAGUGUCAAUGUCACUAGCCCUCCACUCAGAAAUGACAGAUUCAAUGAAAAUAAAUCUGAAAGUAAUGACAAAUCUCUUGAAAAGAGUAGUAAAGAACGUGGGCAUCAAAGAAUUCCAAUACUACAACCUACAGAUAAAAAUAUCAUUGCUGAAACACCAGUUUUGCAUCUGAACGAUGUUAAAAUGCAUGAUUUUCGAGGACGCAUUCCUCAAAAUCCUCCUCUGGAACUCAAAGAUGAACUUUUUGUGAAUGAAGUGACUCGACGGUCAGAUGCACCACGAUAUGGCCCAAGAUCUCUCGAUUUUAGAGAGGAGAAGGAACCUGUCGUACGUCACAAGCGGGAAACCAAGUUCGACUUUUUUGAUGGUAGGACACUUGGAAAUAGAACAUCCGUUACGUUUGAUGAUUCUGCCGAUGAUUUUAGUGGAAACUACUCGUAUUAUUCAAGAAAAUAUGACAUAGAUGACGGCUUUUUGUCAUCAAAGGCAGUUGACGACGAGAACGCAAAAUCGCUACUAGCUACUCCCAAAUCAAGUGAAGAAGAGUUCAGCAACUAUCAAGGAACAAAUUCAUCCUUUUUAAAGUAUGGUGGCUUAAAUCAACCUUCAGGUUAUUUCGACGAUGAUGAAAUAACUCCUUCUAUAGAGUCUUAUCAGCAAACUACUGAUGAAAGUACUGGUGAAGAAAUUAUGUCUUUUUCUGAUUUUUUAGCAUCUCCUAUAGCUGAAAAAAUUCGAUUGCAACGUCAGAUGUUUUUUCGAAAUUCUUCCUUAUUCAAUUUUUCCACUGAAAGCUCACGAAACAGCCACCAGGAUGACCUUCUCAAAAAUAUGACUUUAUUAAGAAACAUCAUAGCUGCUCGCUUGCUGCAGAAUAUUUUGAAUUUUUCAAAAUUACCCCAAAAUACGACAAUAAAAUCUCGCUCAUCAAACAGUCGAUUGUACGAUCAUUUAGCUCCAGCAGAGCAAAGACAAGUAGGCAUUGUUGUUUCUCCUUAUGAUGGUUCCGAAAGUAUUACUUCUAAAUCAUCCAUGCCAGUGAUUAGAAUACUGAAGGGAAAAAUUGUUCCUCUGCCUGAACUGCCCCAGGAGCUUAUACCUAUCAUUUUGGGAACGUACAAUCCCACCUAUACAACGGAAACGACUUAUAAUGAUGAUUCAAAAUUGUCGGAAAAUCUUAUAGAGAACGCAAUCUAUACGUUACUACAGAAUGAAGAUCUUUUGAACGUUCGACCAGUAGUGCCAAAGUACAAUCAAUACAACCAGUACAAUCAUCAGUUAGGAAACCGAGGUAACCGAAAAUCUCCUUCAACCAACUACGUCGGUUCAAUGAAGUCGGAACCGUUAGUUAAACCUACUUAUAACUACAAGCCAAGUGAAUGGUCGUUGGGCCCAAGAUGUGAUAGGCUCACAGAAGAAAUUUGCUUGGAUGAUUCUGACUAUCCCAGUUCUGCAAUCAUGAGCAGCAUCUACAAAGACAAGGCCAAGUUCGACCUGAUGUACGCCGAGGUUAAAGUGCGAGAGAGUCAAGUGGAAGGACUUUCCAGGAAACAAGAACAGGCAUAUUCGUUCGAUCACUAUUACGGAGCGUUCCCACAGGGUGCAGGUUCAAAUUUGGUACCCAGAGACUAUGGCCCAAAUGGUGGAUUUGUGUGUCCGUCCGAAGUCCACUAUGGGAGACCACACAGAGCCAAGAAUAGAAAAGGAGAGUGGAAGGUGGUUGUAAAUGUCGGCGAGUACACACAGACUGUCAGGAUGGAAAAAUGCUUGGGAUCAGGAAACCCUUGCAAAUAUGUCGUCAGCCACAUGCAGUCCACUUGUUCUCAGGUCUACAGCUAUCACCGCUUGCUCGUUUUCAACAAGGAACUUGGUCUGCACAUUGACGUCUUCAGAAUUCCAACAUCUUGUACGUGCCACCUAAGACCAGGACAACCUUCGUAUGGCGGAAAAUUUUCUGCUUCUUCACCAUACUUGGUUCGACCCAACCCAUAUGAAGAAUUCGGAGGACACGUGGAAACUGCUCCGGCCCCCUUACAUGCAGAAGGUUCCAACAGCCCAAACGACAGGAAAAAGAACUCCUUCAGCAGUACUUUGUGGGCGAUACUCGGUGGAGGACAAAAAGGUGGAAGUUUAGCACAAGAACCUCAAUUUCUGGAUGAAGUUCAAAAGCAAAUUAGUUGGACACAGCAACUUAAGCAAUUUCCCCAGCUGCUGAAACAGAUUUCUCCCAAUCAGGUUCUGAAACAGCUUUUAGAAGAAGAUGAUGAAGAAUUCAGUAUAAGACGUCAACGCAUUCGCCCCAGGCCGCCUAUGGAUCAUAUGACAUCGAAUGGUUAUGCCAGUCAUCAAAUUCCGAUUGCAAUACCAUUGCCACCUCCUCCCCCGCCACCGAGGGUCAUUCAACGUAGACCUGUGGUUAAUAUGGCUCCACCAACCAUGGAACAAAAGCAUCUUUACCCCUUGCCGUCAGAUGGACACGCUAAAGUUAUAGCUGUCACUUCGUCUGAGCCUACUAAGAUUUUUAGUUUGUCAACAAACGCGUCACCAAUUUCUAACACUGUAAAACUAUCAACAAGCGAAAAUGCGCAAAGAACAGUCUUUAACCUGGUUCCAGCAUCAAAUGUACAUAGUGGUCCAUCCUUUAAAGUACAUCCUGGAAUGUAUCCACCGAACAGUGAAAAGCAGCAAGUACCUGAAGAAAGUUUGGCGACAAUGCAAUCUCAUUAUUUGGAAAAUAGCGGCGGUUUCCGCCCGGUUUUAAAGCCCAUGCCUGCUCCAAAAGGUUCAGAGAAAAAGAUAGUUGAAGAUGAAGAUCUUAUAGCGGUAGAAAAAUCUGCAGAAGGUGCUUUUAGUAUUGAGUCCCCUGACGAACAGUUAGGAAUAACAGAAGACCACAAUGAUUCGAAAAUAAAUUUUUCUUAUCAUCCCAUUUUGGAAUAUUUAAAUCUGUAA